CUUUUGUAGUAUUUUACUACUUUUUUUUCAGCUUUGAGUGCAGAAUAGGGCAUGACUACAAGAAUAUUUGCAUCUCCAGCAAUGAAAGAAGCAAAUCCAUUUUGCAUAUUCUCACCUCUUCUAGACACUUACAGACUUUUUCUCACUUGUCGAACUCUCCCUUGUAUUCCCUCUGCUACACUUCUCUGAAACUUAAACUUAAACCUAAACCCUCCGUCUCUUUGGCAAACCACAAUCAUAAACAUAAAGGUUAAGCAAAGCAAGAGGCAAAAGGAAGAAGAAUGUUCGGAGUGGUAUUCCCCAAUCGAAGCUUCCCAAUGGACAUCUCCAGCUUCACCCAAAUUGACACCUUCCAUUGGGUCCUCGACAUGAACACUUUCGUUGGUGAGGCCUACCAUCAAAUUGGUGACAUGUGCAUCUUCCUUUUGAACAACUUCACCUUGCCUCCUGACAAGGCUUUAGCUGUCUACGUCCAGUCCCCUGGCUCUCCCUUCGUUUUCUGCGGCGCCGUCACUCUUCAACGCCCCUCAGCUGUGCUUUCCCUGCUGUGGCCAGAGCCCGGUGGCCAUAUGCUGUUGACCGCUCCUGAUUCUGCCAUGCCCUCCGCCAAGAUCGGUGUGUCGGUGGAGGAUCUAGCUGCGCUGCCGUCCAUGGAUGUGGCUGCUGAGAAGAAGAUCGAACGGCUGGCGUUGAAGGUUGGGGAGAACUUGUUCAAUUUUAUGCAGUCGUUCUGUGGGGUUGAUGGGUCUAAGUUGGUGGUGCCUAUGGACAUUCUGGAUAGAUGGUUUAAAAAAUUUCAGGAGAAAGCCAAGCGUGAUCCUGACUACUUGAAGGGCUUCGCCUUGUAAUUUUCUCUAACUUUCUUUUUCAAGGUAAUUUCUACAAUCAAUUAAAUUAUGUGAUUUGUGUAGUUUGAAUUUAUAUCUGCAAAUUUUUUUUGGCAAUUUUUAAAAGUGGACUUUACUGGUUUUAGUGUCAAUUCUGCCUUCAAUAUAAUACUUGGCAAAUCCAAUGUAAUUCGUUAGGUGGUAGUUUAUCUAUUAUAUGUUGCCAGCUAGGAGAGGUUGUGUUGAGCUUGGUCAUGAAUCAUGAUUACCUGAAUUAACCCUCAAUAAAGCUUACAAUUACUGGUGCUGAAUGCUUUGUUGGUUACUAGUUGCUUUAGGGAAAAAUAUCUUGCAGUGAGUAUACUCAUUUCAAUUCCAAAUAGUAUAUCUGAUUUUCUGUUUGGAAUGAGAGAAAUGGAAAGAAGUGACAAAGCUGACAUGAAUAAACUGAUACUAUAUAUAUAAAAGGAAACCCCUUAAGGAAAUCUGACCUAUAUCUGGGUUCCAGUGACUGUCCUCUGGUAAAACUCCUAACUUCUCAAGUGGUUAUGUAAGCUGCAAUUGAAUCUGUUCAUCUCUUACACACACACACACACACAAUACCAUAAUCGCUUGUUGUUUAUGAAACCACCAAAGCUUUAUCUUCCAGGGAUUUUUACUUGGAUACAUUUCAUUUUAAGGAUAUUGACUAACGUAUUUUUAGCAAUUUAAACAUGUUUCAAAGUGCUGAUACUUCUCUUUAUGGGUCAGUACAUCUUCAAAUGUUCCAGUUGAGUUUUUUAAGUGGUUUUAUCCUGGAUUGGUUAACUUUAAGAUUUUUGUUUAGGCCUUAUCUUCAAUUGGUUUUAUUGAGUUUAAUGCUUAACAAGUAUUAGAACCCGAGUGGUUUGUUGCUCUAGUUGUUACGUCAUUUGUUGCUUGUUGUUUUUGUCCCAUAUUUAUAGGUUGGGAGCUUGUUAAUUGCUGUUAUCUUUCCUAGUAACUUUGAGGUUUGUUGUGGUUAAUUUUAUAUUUAGGUUGGGCUUCUUCACUUGUUGGUUAAUUAGCUUUUCCAUUUCAUUGUUAUUGCCUGUGAUUUAUAAGUUUGGAGAGAUGGAGAGAUGGUUAAUUGGUUAUAGUGGUGACAUUCUAAAUGGUGAUAUGUUUGGUUUCAAGCUAAUACAGAUAAAGGCCAUGAAUCUAUUAUGCUAUCGCUAGAAAAUGGGGUACAUGACAGCACAAGAAUGCUUUCUAAUUGAUAGUUCUCUCAACAUAUUGCAUAAGGCCUUUUACUAUGACUGGUUGCUGCUUAUAUGAUACUCAUCAUGUCUUUGGACAUUAAGGAGAGGUGUGAUUUUAUAAGGGUUUUUUUAGCUUAUUUGAGCAGCUUGGCAUUAAAGUAAUAUCUUUGUUGAAGUAAUCUAGGGGUCUAAGAUAAUGUUGAACCUCAUGAGGUUGUGAGGAGAACAAAGUCAAAAGAACCCUGUAGUUUCAGGUUUUCACCAUUUGUAUAUUUGUGUACGCAAUAUUUAAGACAAGCAAUUUUCACUCUUACAUGUAAUUGGUGUAAGCAAACUGGAGAAAAUAGGAACUAUGAUGGGCAAAUCAUAGAUGAAGAUGGUAAACAUGACGUGGAGAUUUGAACUUUAGGUUGCGGAUAUGAUGUGUCCAUGGCUAUGGCACAAAAACUUUGUUUUUUUUUUAAUUUUAUUUUACCGAAAAAAACCUUUUUUGGCUUUGAUGUCUCACUUAGGGAUUAAAAAAGUGGUUGUGUAAAUCUAAUAUACUAAAAGGUUUGUCAAAUCAUCUUGAAUUUUUUAAUAUUUGGAU